AUGGCUUCCAGGUAUUCUCGCCUCCCGGAUGAAAAGGUUCUGGACUCCCCUUCUCUGGGAAAACCCAGCUACGAACAGCCACAAGCAGCGACAUCUGCUCCCCAGCGGCACUGGAUCAGACGCACUAUACCCGCCAUCUUAACAUUAGUGGUCCUCAUCUCACUCUUUCGCGCUGCGUUUGUCUGCCAUCAUCGCUAUGACCCUGCAAAGCCCCUGUCACAAGUGGCUGUAGUCGAAGAAUCACGAAAGGUGCCCCUCGAAAUCCAUGUCAUGUCAAAAUGCCCAGAUGCAAGGGAUUGCCUGCGGGAACUGAUACUGCCGACGAUGGUGCAAAUCAGUGACAAAGUCAACUUUACCAUGUCGUUUAUUGGAAGCGUCGACCCUAAAUCCGAUGAAGUCUCUUGCAAACACGGCCCCGCUGAAUGCCUCGGGAACGUAAUCCUCCUCUGUGCCGCCAAGGUCUUUCCAGACGUCAAGAUCUGGCUCGGGUUUGCGAACUGCAUGAUUUCCGACUACCCUGAUAUUCCCAAACGAGACCUGGUCGAGAGCUGCGCAAUGGAGCAUGGGAUCGACUUCUCCAGAUUGAAUGGUUGCAUAAGCGAUGAGGGUGAAGGUAUUGGCCUCCUUCGGUCCAGCAUCGAAAGAAGUGAAGAGUACAAUGUUACCAAGAGUUGUACCGUCAGGCUUGCGGGCAAGGUUCGGUGUAUUCGAGAUGGUGGGAGGUGGUACGAUUGCCCGGGCGGCAGUGCGGUCAGGGAUCUCGUUGGGGAUGUCAAUGACUUGUACAAUAAGGGAAACAAAUGA